CUCGUUGCACCAGCAGUAAAGGAAGACCUGACAGUCAAGUCUUCAACCGCCGAAUAUGGUUCAAAGAAAAAGACAAAAAGACCGUCAACAAAUAAUAAUAAUAAAUUACGGAAAGAAAGGACGGCAUUCAAUAAACAUCAAAUAAAUGAAUUAGAAGUCGAAUUUCUACGUAGUAAUUAUUUAUCACGAUUACGUAGAUAUGAAAUUGCUGUCACGCUUGAUUUAACUGAGCGGCAGGUAAAAGUAUGGUUUCAAAAUCGACGAAUGAAAUGGAAGCGAACAAAAAAUAUCAAUACUCAACGGCUGCAUCAGUAAAUUAUAAUAAAAUGGU